CACGGAAAGGAGAGGAAGGGCGGGGCAAGCCCUCACCUGCACCAAUCAGGGUGCGGGGUCGGCCCGACAGGCGCCUCACCCAUUGAGGGGCGGGCUGGCCGAACCGAGGAAGGAAGGGGGUGAGGGGCCAGUGGUGGGGAACGUGGGGCUGCCGGGCGGAGUAUACCGUGCGGGUGGAGAGGAAGCCUACGGGAAAUCUCCCGGGUGAAGGAAGGGCUUGGUGUAGGGACUUGCACUGGGCGGAGGGACAGCUUCCCCAAGAGCGGCUAAGCCCCGGGCACACCGGGGCACCUGACCCACGGGUCGGGGAGGGAUCGGCUGAGCCGGGGCUCCCAGCAGAGACGCCUGGGUGGGGCCAGAGGCAGCUCCAGGUGUGAGGCCACAGAGGAGGGGAGAGGAACCCCCAGGGGAGAGGAAGUGGCAGAGCAGCUGCAGAAGUGCGGGGAGCGGGAAGGUAUCAAGGCAGCUGCUUUCCGCUGCCUCUGGCCCAGGCAGCUGCAGACACAGCAGGGGGAGGAGCAACAGCUGCCAAAUUCGCCAACUGGAGGACGGGGAGGCGGAGCUUGGGUCCCAGUGGAAGCCGGAGGCGCAGUCUGGACUGUAGUUUCCCGGGAGAGACGAAAGCAGGAACGAGAGCCGAGCGGAGCACAGCCCUCCCGGCACCAGCUCCAGAAUCCUGACAGGGGUUGCAGGUGUGUGGGAGGUAAGCGGGGGUCCUUCUUCGGGGCGUCUGCAAUGCCCUAGAGGAAAUGUUUUCCAAUGGGAAUUACAUCAAGACACAGCUAAAAGAGUCAGCCUUGGGUUAGGAAACCGGUGCAAACCCUCCUGGGUGAAAGAUUUACAUUUUUGGACUUUAAGAGCAAAAAAGCAAAAGGAAGCUUGAUUCUGGGUAUAAAGGGCGUGGUUAGUGUUUUUGGUUUGAGUCGCACCAGUACAACUGUUCUGGGAGAUCUCAAGAUUGAGAAAAACCCUGCUAAUUGAGGACGAGGUGGAUGUUUUCUGGUGGAUGUUAUAGGCUUGUAACUAUUACAAUAUGGCUUUCCUUGGACUCUUCUCUCUGCUGUUGCUGCAAAGUAUGGCUGUAGGGGCCACUCUCCCGGAUGAAGCCAUUGCUGACUUGUCAGUGAAUAUGUAUAAUCGUCUUAGAGCCACUGGUGAAGAUGAAAAUAUUCUCUUCUCUCCAUUGAGUAUUGCUCUUGCAAUGGGAAUGAUGGAACUUGGGGCCCAAGGGUCUACCCAGAAAGAAAUCCGGCACUCAAUGGGAUAUGACAGCCUGAAAAAUGGUGAAGAAUUUUCUGUCUUAAAGGAGUUUUCUAACAUGGUAACCACUAAAGAGAGCCAGUAUGUGAUGAAAAUUGCCAAUUCCCUCUUUGUGCAAAAUGGAUUUCAUGUCAAUGAGGAGUUUUUGCAAAUGCUGAAAAAAUAUUUUAAUGCAGAAGUAAAUCAUGUGGACUUCAGUCAAAAUGUAGCUGUGGCCAACCACAUCAAUAAGUGGGUGGAGAAUAACACAAAUAAUCUGUUGAAAGAUUUGGUAUCCCCAAGGGAUUUUGAUGCUGCCACUCAUCUGGCCCUCAUCAGUGCUGUCUAUUUCAAGGGGAACUGGAAGUCACAGUUUAGGCCUGAAAAUACUAGAACCUUUUCUUUCACUAAAGAUGAUGAAAGUGAAGUCCAAAUUCCGAUGAUGUAUCAACAAGGAGAAUUUUAUUAUGGGGAAUUUAGUGAUGGCUCCAAUGAAGCUGGUGGUAUCUACCAAGUCCUAGAAAUACCAUAUGAAGGAGAUGAAAUAAGCAUGAUGCUGGUGCUGUCCAGACAGGAAGUUCCUCUUGCUACUCUGGAGCCAUUAGUCAAAGCACAGCUGAUUGAAGAAUGGGCAAACUCUGUGAAGAAGCAAAAAGUAGAAGUGUACUUGCCCAGGUUCACAGUGGAACAGGAAAUUGAUUUAAAAGAUGUUUUGAAGGCUCUUGGAAUAACUGAAAUUUUUAUCAAAGAUGCAAAUUUGACAGGCCUGUCUGAUAACAAGGAGAUUUUCCUUUCCAAAGCAAUUCACAAGUCCUUCUUAGAGGUUAAUGAAGAAGGCUCAGAAGCUGCUGCUGUCUCAGGAAUGAUUGCAAUUAGUAGGAUGGCUGUGCUGUAUCCUCAAGUUAUUGUCGACCACCCGUUUUUCUUUCUUAUCAGAAACAGGAGAACUGGUACAAUUCUAUUCAUGGGACGAGUCAUGCAUCCUGAAACAAUGAAUACAAGUGGACAUGAUUUUGAAGAACUUUAAGUUACUUUAUUUGAAUAACAAGGAAAACAGUAACUAAGCACAUUAUGUUUGCAACUAGUAUUUAUUUAGGAUUUGUGUUUUACAGUAUAUCUUAAAGUAAUAUUUAAAAUAGCUCCAGAUGAAAACAAUAUAUGUAAAUUAUAAGUCAAUUUGUCAAGGAAUGUUAUCAGUAUUAAGGUAAUGGUCUUGUUAUGUCAUUGUGUGUGUGUGCCGUUGUUUAAAAUAAAAGUACAUACUGAACAUG